AUGUCCGAUUUAGAAGAUGAUUUGCUUGCAUUAGCAGGUGGAGAAGAUAACACUUAUGAAUCAGAUGAAGAAAUCACUAGUUCGAAACGGAAAACCACUGUUGAUGACUAUGAAGAUGAUGAAGAUGAAGAUACAGUAUUAUCAAAACGUCGUAGAGUUGAAUCUGGAGAUGAUGAACAACAGGGGGUAGAAGAAGAAGAAGACGAGUUUCAAGAAAAUGAAUUGAUUGAUCCGUAUCCAUUAGAAGGCAAAUAUAAAGAUGAAGCUGAUCGUGAAGCUUUGGAUAAUAUGGAUGAAAUGGAAAGAGAACAAAUUUUAUUUGAUAGAAUGCAAGAAAUGGAUAAAUAUAGAGAAAGGAAAUAUUUACAAGAAAGAAUGAAACAACAAAAGAAUGCUGGGAGAAUUGAACCUACUAGAUCUUCAGGAAGAACUAAAACAGGAAUAAAACCAGCCAAAAAAGAUAAAUUGAGUGAAUUAAGAAAACAACGAGCACAACAUUCGAUAAGGAAAUCAAGAAGAGAAACAGAUUAUGUGGAAGGAUCAGAAGAUGAGGAACCGGAAGAAGAAGAUGAUGAUGAGGAAGAAGAGGAAGAAGGAUUUGAGGAUGAUUAUUAUGAUGAUUAUGAUGGUGCUGUUACAUGGGGAGGAGCAUCUAAAGUUAAAAAGAAGAGAUCUACUGAACUGGCCAAAUUAGAAGAUAUCAAUCGUAUAAAAGUGGGGAGAACCAUCUUAACUCAAUAUUGUUUUCAUUCUGGUUUUGAAGAUACGAUAUUAGAUACAUAUGGAAGAAUCAAUUUAGGUAUGGAUAAAUCUACUCGACAACCAAUUUAUAGAAUGGUGAAAAUAAUUGAUGUGAAAUCACGACCAGAACGAGCUUAUAAAUUAGGUCGUUCGAGUUUUGAUAUUUAUUUAAUUGUGAGUCAAAAUAAACGUCAAACAAAAGAUUUCCCGAUGUCGAUUUUUUCUGAUUCCCCAAUUACUCAAGAUGAAUUUGAUAGAUAUUUAAAAGAAUUGAAUAAAACUGAUGAAGUGAUUGAUUUUUUGGAUGAUGUCAAUUUGAAAUUUGAUGAAUUGACGAAAUUUUAUAGUAAAGGAUUAACUGAUAAAGAUAUUAAUGCCAUGAUUGCCAAGAAACAGAAAAUACAAGAGAAAAAGGGUAACAUCAGUAUGUAUGAUGCUGUUAAUAGAAAGACCAAUUUAUUGGAUCGAUUGAAAAUUGCUAAACAACAAGGUAAUUUAGAGAAAGUUCAAGAAAUCAUUAAGAAAUUGAAAGAAAUUGAUGAAAUUUUAGAAUCACAAACAUCUCAUCAACCAACUUCAGAAUCAUUAAAUACUAUGACGUUAGUUAAUGAAAGAAAUCGGAAAUUGAAUUCCACCAACAUUAGAAAAGCAGAAAUCAAAUUCAAGACUACUGCUGCUCAACAACAAUCUGAUGGUGAUCCAUUUUCUCGUUUGAAAACAGCAACAAGAAUGUUUUAUCAAGAUUUGAUUAAUCAAGAAAAUGAAAAGGCUUUAAAGGAUGUUAAUAUGCAAAAAAUGAUUGAUGAAAAAACUGAAAAUGAGGCAAAAAUUGCUAAAUCAACUUAUCGAGAUCUUGGAGAAAUGGAUAAAUUGAUAAAGACAAUUGAUUUUGAUUUUGAUUUUGAAUUAGUGGUAUAA